UAACUCAGUGGGCGUACUAGGAAGUGAUUGUUUUGCAACACCAGCGUGAUAGUUGGUGGUUCCUUCGCCUAUGAGUUGCAUUUUUCUUCUAAAACAUGGCCAACGUCGACCUUGCUCGGGUCGGGAAGAAUUUGUUGAAGAGCGCGGACACCGGAGAUUGUGUGGAGCUGCAGUCUUUGUGGCAGGACAGGCCGGCGGUCAUGUUCUUCCUGCGCCGCUUCGGCUGCCAGGUGUGCCGCUGGACGGCAGCUGAGAUCAGCAAGCUGGAGCCUGACCUGUGUGCCAACGGCGUGACACUCGUGGGAAUCGGGCCCGAGGAAUUUGGCCUCAAGGAGUUCCAGAAGUUGGGAUUCUUUAAAGGAUCAAUUUAUGUUGACGAGCAAAAGAAAUGCUACAGGGAUUUGGGCUUUAAAAGGUACACAGCUUUGAGCGUGGUUCCCGCUGCGUUGGGGAAGAAAGUCCGAGAAGUAUCUUCAAAGGCCAGUGCUGAUGGCAUCCAGGGCAACUUUUCUGGCGACGUGCUCCAGAGUGGAGGCAUGCUCAUCGUAGCCAAAGGGGGAGAAAAGACCUUACUGCACUUCAUCCAGGACUCCCCAGGAGACUAUGUACCUUUGGAGGACAUUGCAAAAGCGUUGUCAAUUUCAUCCCACGCGAAAGAGGGCCAGAGGCCAGUGUGCAAUGAUGACAUUUGCACUCGAUGAGGAGGUCGCCUAUCAAGUUUGAUUAAAAUCUCACCCAGUCGGGUGAAAGAUGAAACAUUUGAAUGUACACGAAUGAUUCUCUUACCAAUCUUGUUUUAAUAAAAUCAAGGCCAUACUUUCUGAUCCCAAACUCUUGCUUUCAGUUUGUUGUUAAAAUUGUUCACCCUGAAGAACAUGAUUUGCUGUACUAGAAUAAAGUGUAAUUGCACAUCCACUGCAGUA